GAAGAAGCUACAUAACAACACAACGGACUCUCAGGUGAGCUGGUCCAGCUGUUGGAGGUCCUCUGGCUCCCGGAGCCUGGACGCGGCUUCCUGACCGGACUGAGAGCAGAUCUGCAGAGAUGAGCAGCAGUCUCCUGCUGUCGCCGUGGCGCCGGGGUUUCCAUCAUGGCCGCCUCCUGCUCUUGUCCUCCCGGCGGUUCAACUCGGACGGUCGGAUCAGUCGCAGCCUCCAGGAGAGCUACAAGGUGCUGCAGCUGCCCGCCGAGGGCUGCAGCAGCCCGGCGGAGGUGAGGGCCGCCUACCUGCGCCUCGCCAAGCUCUACCACCCGGACUGCGGCGAGCCCACCGCCAACGCCAGGCUGUUCGCUCGGGUCGAGGAGGCGUACCGGGCCGUUCUGGCCCAUCAGAGUAAGACCCGACAGCCGGACGGAGCGACGGAGGACGACGACGAGGACAAAAGCCGAGGAAACGCUCUGCAGCACAGACACUACCUGAGCUAUGAGGGCGUGGGCUCGGGAACCCCGAGCCAGCGGGAGCGGCAGUACCGGCAGGUCCGUGUGGACCGGGCCGCCGAGCAGGUCCUCAGCUACCGCCAGAGGGAGCACGAGCGCGCGGCGGCGGACGGGGCGCUGGCGGAGCGGGACGCCCGUCAGCGCAGCCACAAGAUCAAGAUCACGCAGGCGGUGGAGCGGCUGGUGGAGGACCUGAUCCAGGAGUCCAUGGCCCGCGGAGACUUCCGGAACCUGAGCGGCGCCGGGAAGCCGCUCAACAAGUUCCAGCACAACCCGUACGCCGACCCCAUGACCCACAACCUCAACCGCAUCCUCAUCGACAACGGCUACCAGCCGCCCUGGGUGGUGAUGCAGCGCGACAUCCGGGAGGGCGCCGCCCGGGUCCGGACCCGGCUGCUGGAGGCCCGGGCGCAGCUCGGCGACCCCAUGACCCCGGCCGAGCGGCGCCACUGGGAGCGGCUCUGCGGCGCCGUGGAGGAAGAGCUGGCGAAGCUCAACAAGAUGGUGGACGACUACAACCUGAUCGUCCCCAUGCUGAGCAUGCAGAUGGUCCAUUUCAGCCUGGCCCGGGAGGCGGCGCGGGCCCAAAGGGUUGCCGAGCAACGGAGGGCGGAGCUUCUGCAGGUCCGGCAGGAAGAGAGGGAGCGGAGGAAGGAGGAGAAGAAGAGAGCCAACGCCGCAGGCAGGACUCCAGCUAAGAGGCGAGGCCUGGUGUCCUGGAUGCAGAGUCUCCUCGGAUACUAACCCUGC